GGCGCGUGGCAGAGAAUUUUGAAACUUGUUUGCGGCGCGAGAGCAGGAGAAAAAAAACGUAGAGAGAGAGUAGCAAGUUAGCAUUUCAGAUUUUUUGUUUAUUAAAAAGCUGAGCCAAGCAGUGUUUGUGUUAGUAUCUCACUAAAUAAAGUAUUGUGAAUGGCUAAUAAUGACACGUGAGAGGUUUGUCGGGAGAGUUAUGGAUAUUGUUGACAAACAGCUGUCAGAGAAGGCUAGCUAGCUGCGGGGGCUAACAGAACACGAAUUUUCCCGGUGAUGUGAUCCAUGGCAGUGGGUGAGGAAACCAAAACCGUGGGCACUCCGCUCCCUCUACCUGUCCACUUCAUGCAUGCUGAGCAGUCUUUCUCCCUGAAGAAGCGCCGUCUCCCGUUCUCCUCGUCCUCCCGCUCCUCAUCAUCGGUCUCUCCCUCUCGACACCACUCUCAUCUGCUCCCUCCUCGGCCUCCGUCGAAAGGCUGUCCUCCCCUGAGCCGGGUUUUCCCUCAGCGCCGGUCCCGCUGGACCCCGCUGUCUCAGGCUCUGAUUGAAAGACCGCCACCGGUUUCCGUCUAUGACCCAGGCAAGCCACAGUCCUUCUUCAGCCAGUGCUUUGUCAACCUUGGCCUCAUUGGGCACGGUUCGUUCGGAGAGGUUUACAAGGUCCGUAGUGUCAUAGAUGGGCGUGAAUAUGCGGUGAAGCGCUCCGCCCAGCGUUUCCGCGGUGAUAGCGAGCGAGCACGCUGUGUUCGAGAGGCUCUGAAUCACGAACGCCUCCAUCGUCAUCCUCAUGUGCUGGGCUUCAGUGCUGCCUGGGAAGAGGCAGAGCGGCUCUACAUCCAGACUGAGCUGUGCUGCACGAGUCUGCUGCUGCACGCCGAAACACAGCCCAUGACAACAGGUGAGCAGUGUGCAUGGGAUUACCUGUGUGAUCUGCUGCUAGCUCUGGGUCACUUACACUCACAAGGGUUUGCCCACCUCGACCUUAAACCAGCCAACGUGUUCCUCACUCACUCCGGCCGACUGAAAUUAGGGGACUUUGGCCUGCUGCUGGAGCUGGAGCAGGGGACAGAGAAGGAGCAAGUUAUGGCACGAGGGAAGAAGGAGAAUGCUGAUGCACAGGAAGGAGAUCCACGCUACAUGGCUCCUGAACUACUCAGAGGAGAAUACGGAGCUGCAGCAGACAUCUUCAGCCUUGGUGUGUCCAUCCUGGAGCUGGCGUGUAGUAUAGAGGUUCCUAAAGGAGGAGAGGGGUGGCAGCAGCUCAGAAAGGGCUAUUUACCCUCUGAGCUCACUAAUGCCCUGUCCCCGGAGCUGCAGCAUGUCCUCAGGUUGAUGUUAGCUCCAGACCCCAGAGACAGAGCUUCAGUGGAGCUGCUCCUGUCUCUACCAUCUGUCCGCAAACACAGGUGGAAACGCCAACUCUCCCUCCGACUCAGAGAGGGCUGGCUGUCUCUACUCACUCUGGGCCAGUAUGUCUUCUCUGCACUCUUCAGCCUGCUCUCGUCCCUAAAUCUUCCCCUGAUUCCCCGCUGUGACCCUCCUGCUCCCCAUACGCCCCCUCGGGAUUCCUGGCACGUAGACAGUGACCUCAGCAUCCUGCAGCACAGCAGUGCUCUUUCUGAUUCAGCUAGUGAUGAUCCAGUGUUUCUGCCAGGACCGCAGGUUCUAGAACACUCACCUUCAUUCGUACACAGACUCCAGCCCAGAAUCUCAGUAGGAAGCACCUCCACGCCAAUCCCAACCUGCAGUCCUGCACACAGUCCCUCACACACCUCCUUAAACACUCACUCGCCCCGGCUCAGUCCCAUCUGCUUGAGUUUGGUGAAACACUCUGAGCGCAGCUUUGAACCCAAAAACCUGCUCACGCUUUUUGAUGAAGCUCUCUAGAGAGCGAGCCAUAACAAAAGAUAAUGUGUUGUAUUUAGUUUCUAUAAACAAUCAGAAAAUUGUUGCAAAACUUCACACAUUCUGGCAGUUUAGACUUCUGUGUUUUCUGUGGGUUUUUUUAAGACUUUAAAGGGUUAAGAUUCUGUAUUAUAUGUUAGAAUGGUGCAAUGGAUCUAAAUGUUGCUGGGGUUUGUUUAUUUUCUUUUUUUUAACUCUGUAAAUAUGGGUGACUUUUGUGAUGAUUUGUGUUAACAUGUGUGUAUCAUUUGUGAAGCUGUUGAUGACUAAAGAUCAAAUUGUCCUGACUUGUCCUCACUUUAUUUACAUAACGUCCAAAUCCAUGACCACGUGAACACACCACAGAGCUCCUGCAGCCCACACACUGAAACCACCAGGCCAUCUUAAAACAUGAUAUACAACAAAACCAUC